AUGAAGCAGCUUCGGACGUUGCGGGACUUCUUCAAGGGCGACUCGUGCUUUCUCAAGCUGACGGAAGACAUCUUGGUCCAGAUCCUAGUUGAUGGUCAGCUGUCAGUCAGAGACAUCGCCAGGUUUGCUGCAUCUGGAAGGUCAUGCCGCAAGUUUGUUAACGGGUCCGCUCGUCUUUGGCUGGAGCUUCUGAGACGGGACUUUCCGAAAGAUGAAGUUUCAAAUGUGUUCCAGGAACACGUCAGAAGCCUGCAGGGUUUGUUCAAAAAGAGGGACAAAGCGGCGCUGUUGCCAAUACUAGAGACACCGACGGCAAAGGCCCUUUCUGUGCGACAACCCACAACUAUCUGCCGCCAACUGACGCCCCCGAUGACGACACAAGGUCACUUGGUCGCCCUUUUCUGGCUGACGUCAUUGGUUUUGCUGUGCCCGGUGGUUGUGUCUCAACCUCAGACGGCCGUAACUCUCUGUUCCGGCCAAGCCGGUGCCUGCGUGGCCCGCAACGGCAACCUUCCCGAGUUCCCAUGGGACGCCCGGUGCGCGUGCUUAACCAAGGUGGUCAACCUAACCCUCGUUGAACAGGGCAUCACGCGCCUGCCGGUAACGUGGGCCUCCCCGGGGGCUUUCCCUGAGCUGCGGCUCCUCAACCUCACCUCCAACAGCAUCGCGGAGCUUCCCGUCGGGUGGGGUGCGCCGGGCGCGUUUCCCAAGCUUGCGCAGCUGUGGGUCAGUUACAACCGGGUGCAAAUGCUCCCCAUGGAGUGGGGUAUUAACGGAGCGUUUCCCACGCUUGUCGAGCUGCGGCUCGGGACAAACGAGAUUACUUCCCUGCCCGAUGCGCCGGCAGGCUCCUUGCCCUUCUUCCCCACGCUUCAGACGUUGACCUUUCCGAGGAACCGGAUCACUGGGAGCCUGCCCGCGUCAUGGGGCCGACGGGGGGCCUUUUCCCAGCUCCAGCAGCUGUACUUGGCUUACAACCGCAUUUCGGCGAUCCCCGCAUCGUGGGGCGUCUCGGGUUCAUUUCCGCAGCUCCUAGAUUUGGACCUGGACGACAACGGAAUCUCCGCGCUUCCGGAAACCUGGGGUACUGGCGGCGGGUUUCCCAAACUCGAGUCCCUCACAUUGGACCAAAACCGGAUCGCCGCGUUUCCUGCUUCUUGGACAACCAACACCACCGUGACGUUCCCGUCCCUGCAGCUGCUGACGGUGGCUGACAACCAGCUGACGUCACUGCCCGACAAUUGGGGAAGCCCGUCCGCGCUCCGUUCGCUGCAGAUACUGUCGCUAGACGGGAACCGCAUCGCAGCCCUGCCGAGUGCUUGGGGGAUCCCCCUUCGGUUUCCGCUGCUCGGGGAGCUGUUUCUUUCGCGGAACGCGAUCGCAGCGGUGCCCGCCACGUGGACCACUCCGGGCGCGUUCCCGCUCCUCCAGAACCUCGUGCUGGACAACAACCGGCUGACGGAGGCUCCGGCGGUCAGUUCCGGUGCCACGUGGCGAUUCCUGAUCUCCCUGUCCCUGAGCGGAAACCGGAUCGCCGAGCUGCCGGCAAGCUGGGGCGCGCGUGGGGUGUUCCUCAGCCUCCUGAAUCUAGAUUUAGGGAAUAACAGCCUAACCCGGCUGCCUCCCGCUUGGCCCAGCCCAACCGCUUUCGCAAGUUUGUCUAAUCUAGACAUCUCGGGAGGGCAGCUGGAGAGCUUGCCCGACGCGUGGUUCGCGAACGGCUCCCUCUCCGAUUUGUUCGUUCUCGACGCGUCGGGGAACCGUAUCUCUGCGCUCCCGAGCGCGUGGGGGAUCCCUGGAAGAGUGUGCAACGUGGUCGACUUAAAUCUGGCGGACAACAAAAUCGCCGCACUGCCCCCGAACUGGGGACUGAACGACACGUUCCCCUACCUUUUCAAGUGGAAUUUGAGCAACAACCAGAUGGAGGAGCUUCCGGCGUCCUUUAGCGACGGGCGAUUUGACAUACUGUGGUCCCUGGACUUGGCGGGCAAUAGGAUUCGCACGUUGCCGACCGAGUGGGGCUUUGAUGGCGCCUUCCGAACGCUAGUUGCGCUCAACGUCAGCCGCAACAACGUCACGAAGAUUCCCGAUAGCUGGGCGGUUCAAAAGUCGGGGAACCGCUCCUUCGCGAUCCUGGACGAGCUCAAGCUUUCGGACACGCCUGCACUCGCUGGCAGAAAGCUCGAGUCCGUCCUCCCGGGGUUUUGGACCAAGUGCAUUGAGUCCGGCGCCUACGGAUGCGCCGUCAACUUCCUCGGUAGCAACCUGAGCACCCACGUGUCGGCUGACGUCAAGCGCCAAGUCUGCUUCGGCAACAUCACGGUUCUCUUCCGCGGUCCGCCGGGAUACGAGCUUCCCCGGCGACCCAGCAAAGCUGUCGGCGGCGGACUCGUGCCCAUCGUCCAGUUUGACGAAAUCGAUCUGGGCCCCGAGGGGGUCCAUUUGACGGGGCUCCGGUUCCCCCCGCGCCCGGGCAACCUGUGCCGCAACGCGCGCGCCGCGCUCGUGAUCGGCCUCAUGUGGGGGGGCACCGGAGGGGCCCUUCUGUUGGGCGUGAUCGUCCUGCGCGUGCGGCACGCGUUCAAGUCGUUCGAGGCCCCCGCCUCGGGGGGCGCGCGCGCGCACAGCUGGCACAAGGGCGCGCGCUUGUUCCUUUUCGGGCUCGGCGGCGCGGCGUGGCACGUGGUCGACUUAGCGCUCGACGCGCGCGUGCUGCGCGACGUGUGGAUCCAGCCGCUCGACACGUGGGUCAAGUGGGUCCUGCUCGCGUUCAUCGUUGCGCAAUACGCUAUCGCGGGGCUGUUCCUCGGGGCGUCGUGGUGGGCCGGCGCGUGGCGCUCGCCGCGCGGCGCGGCCGCGAAGCCGCGCGCCAACCGGUCACCCGUCGGUUUCCAUUGGUGGCUCGUGGCAGAUUACACAUACUCCCACACAGACGCCCCGGCUUCGGUCAGCAUUACGCAAUUCUGCUGGGCGGUUGCCACGUGGCCGUUCGCGGCCGCGGCCGCGGUUAUCUUAGACGCGGCCGCGAUCGUCCUCCGGCUUGGCGUGCAUCCGGUGGUUGGGGGGAAGGUCGUUUCGCUGGACGCGUAUGUUGCGGCGCGGGGCCUUAUCGAGGAGCUGUUUGAGGCCGUUCCGCAGGCGAUUCUGCAGAGCGCGCUGUAUUUGCUCGGCAACUCCGCGGCGACUAACUAUUACAUCGACGACGCGAUCUUCAUCCCGUCGCUCGUAUGGAGUCUGAUGUCGCUUCUAAAGUGCCUUCUGGGCAAGUAUAGGGACGCACUGGCCAUAGGCAGUUUCGCCCCCAAAGCAGUGUGGCACGAGCUCAGGAACAUGUGCCCCUUGUUUAUCGACCGUGCUGACGCGCGCGCACAGGAGGCGAACGCUGACGAAGGCGACUCGGAGCUGAAGGAUUUAUAUCCUUGAUAGUCUUGCUUGACGGGCUGCUUACGAAUUAGCGGGGGACGUAGUAAAUUCAAGGGAGCCUGCAUGAUUGAUGUGCGGUCGACAGAACACGGGAGAUGAUGCUUGACAGGAAAGUUGACCUAUAAGAUUGCUGGCCUGGUACGAAUGAGUGGUUCCAAGUUGAAAAGGCACGAAUUGUAAGAUGAACGGGGAACAGAUGAUUGUCGUUGUCAGUGUUGCAUAAUCCGAUCCCAUCCGAUCGUUUCUAGUCCAUUUUGUUGCGUGAGCAAGUCUUAUUCCACACUCUUAUCCUCUUCGAUC